CGAAGAGUGGCUGAAAAAAUGUCUGCUAUGGAUAUUUCUCUUUUUGAAAUAUAGCCGUUAGAUAUAAGUAAUUAUUAUAAUGCUAUUGAGUAUUAUCAGCAUUGACAUUCGCUUUCAGUAUCUUUGUAGACUAACGAUUACCUCCUGACUUACAGCGGUUCCAUCUCGGAAAUAUGCGCAAUACGUAAAAGCGAGGUUUGUGCCGACUGAGAGACUUCGGGAUGAAAGCGGCCGGUUUGUUGAGAUAGAAUUCUGCUCUGGUUGGCACAGACGACGUCCGAAUUGUUGUGUUGACAAUGGAGCGUGGCGACUGCAAAGCGGGUGGCCGUAGAAACGGCACGUGCGCGGCUGCCUUACACUUCCCAAUCAAUAGAGAGAAACGGGAAAAGGCAUCAGCCAAUGGGGAAGAUUCUCUCUUCCUCUCUCUCAUCUGCAGACGCCAUCAUCCCAUGUCCACCCACCCGCAAGGCCGGCAGAUACGCGGAGGAAUUUAUGAAUGUGUCGGAAAAGGAAUGCUUCUUUUGAUUUUUUUUUAAAUGAGUGCAGUUAUUUAGAACUGUUGAAUGUGUUAAAACAAUACUCAGAGAUAUACUUUCUAUAUCAUACUGUGUGAAUGAUUCAAAAAUUCGCUGACGAGCUGUUUGGUGUUGUUAUUUUACCGGCUGAUAAACCGUUUUGUGCGUUUCUUCCAUAUUGCGGAGUAUAAAGUACCUUACCCUACGAAGUGGGAGAGUAAAGUAACUAACGCGUGAAAAAAGGAUGAGAAAUGCCAUCGACUCGGAGGGUCAAAAUUCAGGAAAAUUGGCGAAAACAAGGACGGCCUUCUCAGUCAUUGGAGGCAGAGCCCCAAGAUUUGAGAAUAGUGACUGGGUGCAGAGUCAUGGAUCAGAAUGCAGAAACAAAUGGUUGUGAUGAUGGUCCUAUUUCUUUGGCUGUUUCAAACCAUACUGAAAUAGUUCAGUGCUCCCCAAAAGCUGAAAAACACAUGGCAAAAUCUUUGCCCACUCAGGAAGUGAAGAAACCUCGACAGGCUUCCAGCAACAGUAAAGGAAGUCGAGCUCGUAGAAGUACUCCAUCUCUCCCUCCUAAUUCUACUUCCUCUGUAUCUCCUCCAUCAGAGAGGCGAGCAACCCGGAAUCUGCCUCCAUCUCCUGCAAAACAAGCUACACGGACACUCACUGCAGCUGAGCGCAAAUCAAUAAAAAAUACUGCCCCCAUUCCUGCCACAAACACUCAGUCUAGUAAGAAAGCAUCACAACCUCCCGUCCUGAGCCGAGAGGUAUCAGGUGCAGUAAGUGGAGGAGUUCCUGUUUUGUCACAAGAAAUUCCAGCUGCAACUACAUCUAAUUCAAAACCCGUUAAACAUGUACAGCAGUCACCAGUUCAUUCUUCGCCGCCAUUACUCAAAUCACAAAAGAGACAAUUGAAAAGGCAUUCUGAAACUUCUGCAGCUGAAUUGGAUGCAGCUUCGUCUAGGGCCAGCAAGCGCGUGCGCCUUCAGCAUCAACCUUUUCAAUCUCCGCCACCUCCAAGUAUAAUACCAGCCAUUUUGCGACAGCAAAUCCCUAAAACACCAGAAGAUAAGAUUGUUGUGUUUCAGAAGGGCGAAUUUUUGGCUGUACGAAAUGAAAAUGGAAGCUUUUUUGUAUGUAGAACUGCGCAGAAUGUGUAUAAAAGCAGCAAAAGAUUUAAAAUACAGUGGAUGAGUGACAAAGAACCAGAUAUUUAUAUUCCUGAUUUUUAUGACCAAACAGAUUUUGAAUGUGUGUUAACCAACCUGAGGUUAAAACGUGUAGAUAAAAAUAAGUAUAUGCUUCCCAGUGAUGAGCGCCAACGGACAUUAAAUAUUUUGCAAAGAGCUCUCAAUGUUGAAAAUGGCUUGGAUAUAUCUACCUUACAAGUCACUACUGACGGAGUUGAUGUUUCUAUUGUGGGUAAAGAAGAAGAGGAAAUAUUAAAAUUGCAGCAACAAACCUUAAAGAAUGAACAGAAAAAUAAAAUAUCACAAUUGCGUAAUAGAGGUCGUCCUAAGAGGCCAGAGCCAUCUGCUAAACUUACACGAUCUGCUGCAACAGCUGAGAAGAAGGUUAAAACUUUAGCAGCCAGAGUGAAACUUCGUGCAAGAGAAACUGUAAAAGUAAAGCUGAAAAAAGAAGGUGGACGUAUAAUUGUAUCUAAUAAAGCUGGAAAACCUGUAACAAAACUGAAGAAAAUAGCUGAACGUUUACAUCCAAAUCCUAAAGUAACUGUGUUUGAAAAGGAUCCUACUUUUGAAAUGAAUAUACCUAUUCCAUAUGUAUCAUCUUCAGCUCAUAGUAAGUUACUUAUUCGUGCAAUUCUCUUAAAAGAUAUAGCCAUGCUACAGUCUUUAAUGAAGGAUAUACAGAAGAUCUGUUCGGUAAGCUCAUGCUUCAUGUUUAAAUUUAAACACUAG